AUGGCACCGACGUCGCUGUGGCACAACUCGGUCGUACGUCUUCUCCUGCUCGGGACACUGGACGAGGAAAGCUCGCUUCAUGGACUACGAGGCCAGACCGACAUUCUCAAGGCCAUCGUCAACCAUCUCCAUGCGAUCUGGCGGGCGCAACUCAAGGCUGACCAGCGCGGCUACGUCCCUCUUACCCACGUCAUUAUGCCCUUUGACACGCCGCGCGAGACGCCGAUCCCAAACGUUCCUCAACUCGUUACCUUUCCACCGCCAAUUACGCAUCUCGUUGACGGCGUCGAGCAACCAAAACCAUUCCUCGUCAACAUGAUGCCCUUCAUCAUUGGCCAUGCCGAGUCGACGCUGCCGCCCGAGUGUCAGCGCUAUGUCCCGCUUCUCAAUCGUUGCCGCCACCAUGACGAGAACGGCAAGGUGGGGUACCUUACGAUCCACGAAGGCAUUGUCGAGGCCGACACCUCUCAACGUCGUCCCGGCUCCACGUCGAAGCGCCAUCCGCUGCCAAGCUCCAAGAUUCGCUGGGGCCGCGGCUGGAUGGUCCAUCACGAGCUCCAAGGUGGUAUCUACAUGGCUUCCACGGUCGCCAAGUCGUGUGGGGUCUGGAACACGGUCGUCGCAGAUGAAAACGAUAUCGUCGGUGCUCACGGUGACGUGGAUGUCCUCCACGGUGUCUUGGACCGUGAGCGCGAUGGCUACUACGAGCCGCAAGCCAAUGAGCUGUACUGGAUCACAGAUCGGACGCCGCACGAGUCUCUUCCGGUGGCAACCACGCAGUUUCGGCAGUACUUCCGCUUCGUUACGAGCAACGUCUCGCACUGGUUUGCAGAGCACUCGACGCCCAACCCACUGGGCAUUCAGCCGACGGCCACGAUCGUCUACGGCAACAAGUUUACGGGUACCUUGACGACCGAGACUUCAGCGUAG